AAUGUAUCAACUCUGACGGGUCAUGUUAGCAGAGUGGGCCGGUCUGCCUGGACGCGCGUAGCUACCUUCCGACCACUUUUACAUCUGCCUUUCACGACGAUCCGGUGCUAGGUGGGUGAUCGCUACACCGGAGCUCGCCGCCUGCGUGGACGCAGAGGCGCUGCCUCAUCGCCGGGCUCGGACGACGAGAGACUCCGCGGUGUGGAAGGUGCGCUGGAGUGUGUGGAGGACAUGGAAAAGAAGUAGUUGAGUUUAAAGCCAGUUAAAGUCAUGGAUCUGAGUUGGAAAAACUACUUCGAAGAGGAGCUUCUUUGCCCCAUCUGCCUGAAUGUGUUCGAGGAACCCAUCCAGCUGCAAUGCAAGCACAACUUCUGCAAAGGCUGCAUCUCAGAGGCUUGGGCUAAAGACAGCGGCACGGGGGUCCGCUGCCCCGAGUGCAACCACGAAUACGAGCAGAAGCCUUUACUGGAGAAGAACUUCAAGCUGGCCAACAUCGUCAAGAGGUUCAACGUGUUGGACUCCGAGAAGGCCCCGACCACGCUGCACUGCGUCCUGUGCAGACGAGGCCCGUCUUUGCCCGUCAGGAAGGUGUGCCUGCGCUGCAAGGAGCCCUGCUGCCAGAUGCACGUGCACAUGCACCUGCAGCAGCCGUGCGCGGCACCGGGUCACCUGCUUGUGGACGCAGAGGAGCUGAGCGCCUGGACCUGUCCGAGUCAUGAUGAGUACAGGCUGCUUCACUGCGAGGAGGAGCAGGUGGCUCUGUGCGCCUUCUGCUGUAUCUCCCACUGCACCGGCAAAAGACACACCGUCUGUGACGUGGACACGCAACGCAUGCAGAUGCAGGCCGUGCUAAUGAGGCAGCAAGACAGACUGGAGGGUCGUGUUCAGAACAUCGAUGAGCACAUUACAAAGCUGGAAUCUGACAAGACGCUGAUGAAGGACGCAGUGGUCGACCUAAAGGAGCGAGUCCGAGACCAGUACCAAAGGAUGCACGCCUUGCUGGAAGCCAAACAGUGUGAAACUAUGCAGAUGCUGGAAAGAGCCUGCAGCUCCUACGCAAGGAAACACUCCCAGCAAGUUUUGCAGCUCAACGAGAGGCGGCAACAAGCAGAAAAACUCCUGAGCUCGGUGCAAGCCUUUUUUCAAAGAGCAGACAACAUCAACUUCAUGAAGAACACGAAGCCUUACCAACUACUAAUGGACAGGUCCAAUUCUCAGUUGAGCGGUGCCAUGCCUCCCCUCUCAGUGGGCCAAAUCAACUCUCAUCAUUUAUUCUCAGGCCUCUCAACGCAGGAGAAGAAUUUGCGCAAAAUAUUGGAAGAUCCUGUCAACGAGGCGUCCAUCCUUGAGAUAGUCCCCACGCACUUCAGCACAGUCGGCGCCCGUUCAGGACUCAACAAGAGGAAAUACGGCAUGGCUUUCCUAGAGAACAGCCCAGAAAACUCCACUUCCCAGCAUCCACCGCCUCUGAUCUACAGCAGCAAAAAGCCUCUUUUGGCUGACCACGGCCAGCAUACCUCAAACAUGUUCCCUUCUGAAGGCCAAGGCCACAGCCGCUUCCUGGACGCCUCGGCCCAACACUCGGCGAGCGUUUUCCCGCCACACCUCCGGGGCGGGGGCGCGUCCCAGCAGGCCGUGUACGAAGGGAGAAAAGUCCUGAUGUGUACUCUGAACAACUGCUGCUGCUCCAGGCCCACAGCUGCUCGAGCCCACUACCCAACACACGACUCCUUUGCCCCCAUCGCCUCUCAGGAGUUUGGCACCCUCCCUGCCAGUCAGCCCCUGCAGCAUUUACCCAUGAGGCACCCUGACUAUUAUGGGCUGUAUAGCCAGUCUUCAACCAAGCAUUACGGGACCAAGUGACGACCUCACCGUCAACAACCAGCUUUAUUGACAGUUCAUCUUUUCUUCAUUUUGGAUUCCAAAUACACUCAGUGCACUAGUUAUUAAGAACAAGAGCUCUUAUAAAAAUCAUGUAUUGCAAAACUACUUAAAGGGGAACAUUAUCAACAGACCUAUGUAAGCGUCAAUAUAUACCUUCAUGUUGCAGAAAAAAGACCAUAUUUUUUUAACCGAUUUCCGAACUCCAAAAGGGUGAAUUUGGCGAUCGAAACGCCUUUCAAUUGUUCGCAGUCGGAGCGAUGACCUUUCACCCGUGACGUCACAACAGGAAGCAAUCCGCCAUUUUCUCAAACACAUUACACACACAAGUCAAAUCAGCUCUGUUAUUUUCCGUUUUUCGACUGUUUUCCGUACCUUGGCGACAUCAUGCCUCGUCGGAGGGUGUAACAACACGAAAGUUGACGUACGUGGAGUGUGCUAAUCAGACAUAUCAAUGGUCACGGCCUGCUAAUCGAUGCUAACAUCCUAUUUAGGCUAGCCGUAUGUACAUAUUGCAUUAUGCCUCAUUUGUAGCUAUAUUUGCAUCGAGCCUUUCCCUCCACCCACAUUUAAUGCCAAACAAACACAUACCAAUCGACGGAUUCAAGUUGCACCAGUGUCAAAAGAUGCGAAAGUCCCUCGUUUAUUCUGCACACUGACGAUAGCGAUGCUACGACAGAGAUGUGUGGAUACCCUGCGACACUCAAAACAGAUGCAUUUCCAACGAUAAAGUCAACAAAAUCACAAAGGUGAGUUUUGUUGUUAUUGACUUAUGUGCUAAUCAGACAUAUUUGCUCACAGCAUGACUGCAAGCUAAUCGAUGCUAACAUGCUAUUUAGGCUAGCUGUAUGUACAUAUUGCAUCAUUAUGCCUCAUUUGUAGCUAUACUUGCAUCCAGCCUUUCCCUCCACCCACAUUUAAUGCCAAACAAACACAUACCAAUCGACGGAUUCAAGUUGCACCAGUGUCAAAAGUCCCUCGUUUAUUCUGCACACCGACGAUAGCGAUGCUACGACAGAGAUGUGUGGAUAUCCUGCGACACUCAAAGCAGAUGCAUUUCCAACGAUAAAGUCAACAAAAUCACAAAGGUGAGUUUUGUUGUUAUUGACUUAUGUGCUAAUCAGACAUAUUUGCUCACAGCAUGACUGCAAGCUAAUCGAUGCUAACAUGCUAUUUAGGCUAGCUGUAUGUACAUAUUGCAUCAUUAUGCCUCAUUUUUAGCUAUAUUUGCAUCUAGCCUUUCCCUCCACCCACAUUUAAUGCCAAACAAACACAUACCAAUCAAAAUAUUCAAGUUGCACCAGCGGUCAAAAGAUGCAAUCGUUGGUUGGAAGGCGAUCGCCGAAUUCGUCCUCGUUGCCGCUUUAGUUUCUUCUUCAAUUUCAUUUUCGCUAUCUGCCUCCACACUCCAACCGUCCGUUUCAAUACAUGCGUAAUCUGUUCAAUGGCUUAUGCCGCUGAAAUCCGAGUCUGAAUCCGAGCUAAUGUCGCUACAUCUAUUUAGGCUAGCUGUAUGUACAUAUUGCAUCAUUAUGCCUCAUUUGUAGCAAUAUUUGCAUCCAGCCUUUCCCUCCACCCACAUUUAAUGCCAAACAAACACAUACCAAUCGACAUAUUCAAGUUGCACCAGUGGUCAAAAGAUGCAAUCGUUGGUUAGAAGGCGAUCGCCGAAUUAGUCCUUGUUGCCGCUUCAGUUUCUUCUUCAAUUUCGUUUUCGCCAUCUGCCUCCACACUCCAACCAUCCGUUUCAAUACAUGCGUAAUCUGUUCAAUCGCUUAUGCCGCUGAAAUCCGAGUCUGAAUCCGAGCUAAUGUUGCUAUAUCUUUCUGUUCUAUCCGCCAUGUUUGUUUGUAUUGGCGUCCCGCAGUGACGUCACAGGAAAAUGGACGGGUGGAUAUAGCGACGGUGAAAAUCGGGCACUUUGAAGCCGUUUUUCCGGAUAUUGCGUGAUGGGUAAAAUUUUGAAAAAAACUUCGAAAAAUAAAAUAAGCCACUGGGAACUGAUUUUUUUAUUGGUUUUAACCCUUCUGAAAUUGUGAUAAUGUUCCCCUUUAAUGACGUCGCCUGCACAUAUAUAUAUGUGUCCUAUUACCAUGGCAACUUGCCUGGAAAUAAUCAUGCAGAUUAUAUAAUGUGGUCUUAACUCAAUGGAAUUCAUCCACUGUAUGUUAAAGAAAAUACAUUGGGGAAAAAACCACAAGGACUAAAGAGACAUCAGUGCCUGAAAAGACUCGACGCUCUUAUUUGGACUUAUUUCCUGUUUGCUGCUGAAAGCAUGCAAGGAAGCUCGUGUGCACUCCAAAGUCCACGUGGCUUGAAACAAACACUGGACCACACAUGCUUGUCAAUAUUUUACUACAUUUGUAAAGGUUUUAAUAAGCCACAAAAACAGUGGGAAUAUGAAAUAAAAUAUUGAUUUCAUUCCA